UUCAAUCUCUCUGCUCAUAUCACACACACACACACACACGCACACACACAUAUAUAUAUAUAUAUAUAUAUAUAUAUAUAUAUAUAUGGAUAUAGAGAGAGCUAUAGCUUUCUCUAUUCUGUAACUUGCAUUCUUUCAAAAUCUCCAUUUUUGUAAAAAUUAAGCGGCUAGUUAGUGAUAAUAUAAUUCCAUAAAUUGAUGGCAGGAAAGGAACGGAUAAACAGCUACCUGGAGGCCAUAGUUGACAUGUGUUCUUGUUCCAAGUCAUGUAAUAGUUGGUUGGUUCAGAGUGAGAGAGAAAUCAGUUCAGGCCAAGAGUUGAGUCUCAUACGCUAUUUCAUGGAGGAAGUCAUAGCUGCCUUCCAUGAGAGUGAGGCCGACCUCCAUUGCUCAUGGAUUCAGGCUGCUUCUGCCGCAAGGAGAACUACUCGCCGCCAUCGGAAUACCAGACUGGAGAAUUUGUGCUGGAGGAUUUGGAAUAUGGCUCUAUCACCUUUCCACAAAAAUUAUACUCACCAUCAGCUUCAAGAAGAGAAGAGCAGCAAAGCGAAGUUCAAACAUCAUGUUGAAGAAGAAAGAGGCAACCUUGAAGAUACUGCUGACAAUGUUUCUGAAGACUUGCUGGAGGGAGAUAUCACAUCAGCUGAUCAUAGUGAAAGUACCAUUAAUGGCAGACUACCACCUCCUAUUAUAAACUCUAUUAAUCCACAAAAGGGGAAAAAUCUAUAUAUUGUAUUAAUAAGCCUUCAUGGUCUGAUCAGGGGUGAAGAUAUGGAGCUUGGUCGUGAUUCUGAUACUGGUGGUCAGGUUAAGUAUGUUGUGGAAUUUGCAAGGGCUUUGGGACCAAUGCCUGGAGUAUACAGAGUGGAUCUGCUAACCAGACAAAUAUCCUCACCAGAAGUACAUUGGAGCUAUGGUGAGCCCACAGAGAAGCUGACUACUCAAUCAAAUACAGAACCUUUCAUGGAUGACAAUGAGAUGGGUGAUCAGAGCAGCAGUACUAGAGGUUCUUACAUAAUUCGUAUACCAUUUGGUCCAAAACAUAAAUAUAUUCCGAAAGAACAUCUCUGGCCUCACGUCCCAGAAUUCAUUGAUGCUGCAUUGGAUCACAUAACAAAAACAUCUAAACUUGUUGGAGACCAAAUCAAUGGUGGGAAACCAGUUUGGCCUGUUGCCAUCCAUGGUCACUAUGCAGAUGCAGGUGAAGCUGCUACAUUUCUUUCUGGUGCUCUCAAUGUACCUAUGGUCUUUACUGGACUCUCACUUGGUCGAGACAAGUUGGAGCAGCUUUUGAAACAAGGUCGUCUUUCCAUGGAGGAAAUAAAUUCCACAUACAAGAUAAUGCGACGUAUAGAGGCUGAAGAGUUGUCCCUCGAUGCCUCUGAAUUAGUCAUAACCAGCACUAGACAGGAAAUAGAGAAGCACUGGCGACUGUAUCAUGGUUUUAAUCCUGCAAUGGAAAUGAAACUCAGGACAAGGACUAAACUUGAUUUUAGCUGUUUUGGAAGAUUUACUCCGCGCAUGGUGAUAAUUCCUCCUGGAAUGGAAUUACAUCACAUUGUUACACAAGGUGGUUAUAUGAAUAGUGAAAUAGAUAAAGAUGAAGACCCACCAAUCUGGUCCGAGAUAAUUCGUUUCUUUACCAACCCUCACAAGCCAAUGAUUCUUGCACUUGCCAGACCAGAUCCCAAAAAGAACUUGGCAACACUGGUUAAAGCGUUUGGAGAAUGUCGUCCACUGAGGGAGCUUGCUAACCUUACACUAAUUAUGGGGAAUCGAGAUGUAAUCAACGAAAUGUCGAGCACAAAUGCUUCUGUUCUUAGGUCAGUGUUGAUGCUUAUUGACAAAUAUGAUCUGUACGGACAAGUCGCAUAUCCUAAACACCACAAACAAUCUGACGUUCCUGACAUAUAUCGCCUAGCAGCAAAGACAAAGGGUGUUUUCAUUAAUCCCGCAUUGAUUGAGCCGUUUGGGCUCACAUUUAUUGAGGCAGCAGCACAUGGUCUGCCCAUUGUUGCCACAAAAAAUGGUGGUCCUGUUGACAUACAUCGGGUACUUGACAAUGGUCUUCUUGUUGAUCCCCAUGAUCAGCAGUCUAUUUCAGGUGCUCUUCUAAAGCUUGUUGCAGACAAGCAGCUUUGGGCAAAGUGUAAGCAGAAUGGGUUGAAAAAUAUUCACCUAUUUUCAUGGCCUGAGCACUGCAAGACUUACCUAUCUCAAAUAGCCAGUUGCAAAACAAGGCAUCUACAAUGGUGUAAUGAUGGUGCUGAAAUUUCAGAAUUUGAUCCACCAGCUGAUUCCUUGAGAGAUAUGCAAGAUGUAUCUUUGGACUUGAACUUUACACUAGAUAAAGAAAAGAAUAGAACCAGUGAGAAAAACAGCAACUCUAUAGAAUCCAAAGGAAAUGAUUCUUAUGGAAGAAGUAAUUUAAAGGACUUUGUUUCAAAUGGCAUCUCGAAGGAUACACAUAAGGUUGGUUUCGUAGAGAACGCAGACCGAAACAGCAAUGAUAAAUUCCCUGUUCUGAGGAUCAGGAAAGAUCUCAUUGUCAUUGCUGUGGAUUGUGAUACCACUACUGGUCUUAUUGAAACCUCAAGAACGAUUUUUGAGGCUGCAAGAAAGGGAAGGAUUGAAGGCUCUUUAGGGUUCAUAUUGUCAACAUCAUUGAGCAUGUCCGAGAUAAACUCACUUGUCCUCCCAGGAGGUUUUAGUCCAUAUGACUUUGAUGCUGUUAUCUGCAACAGUGGCAGUGAUCUAUACUAUCCAUCUCCGAAUUUCGAAAACAGUCCCUUUGUGAUUGACUCUGGUUACCACUCACACAUUAAACAUCAAUGGGGUGGAGAAGGGUUGAGGAAGACUUUGGUAGAUUGGGCAGCUUCACUAACUGAUACAAAAGAUGAGAGUGAGAAACAGAUUGUUAUUGAUGCUGCUGAACAACUUUCAACGAAUUAUUGUUAUGCUUUUAAAGUGCAUAAGCCAGGAAUGAUUCCGCCGGUUAAUGAACUUCAGAAGUUCCUGAGGAUUCAGGCUUUACGUUGCCGUCUUAUUUAUUGUCAAAACGGUACCAGGUUGAACGCCAUUCCAGUUUUGGCAUCUCGUUGUCAAGCUCUCAGGUAUUUAUAUGUAAGAUGGGGAGUGGAGAUUUCAAAGAUGGUGGUUUUUGUUGGAGAAUGUGGAGACACAGAUUAUGAAGGAUUAUUAGGUGGGCUCCAUAAAACUGUUGUACUGAAAGGAAUUUGUAGAAAUGAUAACAUAAACCACCCUCUAUCAGACUCCAUGCCAUUUGACAGCCCCAAUAUUAUGCACACAGCUGAGGACUGCAGCACCACAGACAUUCAAGCUUCCUUAGAGAAACUAGGACUUCUCAAGUACUAGAAAGCUACUUCUUAUUUUCCUUUUUUUAUUUUUUUUAAAAUUUUUUUUAUAAGUUAUGUUACUUCAAAUAGAAGAAUCUCUUUGUUGCUUUCACCUGGUUUAAGUUAAUAAAUAAAAAACCUGACAUCUUUCCUAA